UUUCUCACUAAUCCAAGUUAGCUUACAAGUAAAUCACUUGUAAUCUUGUGAAAAUUCACUUUUCGUUACAAGUUGUAACUAGAUUCGUUCUAUAAAUUAUUCACGCAAUGGUAAAUUUGAUUUACUACAUUUUCUUGGAUAUGCGCCAUUGCACUGUCACACUGUUUGUCACGGGAAUAAUUUCAGCCUGUUUGUGCCUGAUGACGGGAAAAGAUGCUAGUUCCCGAAACUUCGCAACAGUUUUGUCACAGAAAACCUAUUGUAUUCGUCGGUUUUGUCGUCGUUGUGUUCGUAUAUUUUCUGCAUUGCCCGGGUGUUUUCUGUCUCCAUUUACUGUUAGGCCCUCCUCACACGGGGAUACUGAAGUUGCUUAGAUACCGCGAGACUCGGCGACCGAGCGACUCGUCAUGUAGAUAGGCAUGGCGUCACUCAGACGGCGAUACUGGAGUGGCGGAGACUGGAAGUCGUAAGCAACGUAAAUCCCGGCGACUCAGCAUGCUGGUCUCCACGCUACUCCAGUAGCCUACGCGGCGCGAUACUGUAUUGUAGCGAACAAUGGGCGAGCAGGCGUUUAAUAUCAAAUUUGUAAACGAAGUUGAGAAACACCCAGAACUCUAUAACUACAAGUUGAAAGGGUAUUCAAAAAAGGAUGUGACUGACAAAGCAUGGAAUGAUGUCGCAAAAGAAGUGCAACUCACAGUUAACGAAUGCAAAGAAAAAUGGAAAAAUCUCCGUUCAGUUUUUGUCCGUCACAUAAAGCCACCUCCAAGUGGUUCAAGUUCCAAAAAUAAGAAACCAUAUUAUCUAUCGGAGGCAAUGAAAUUUACCCUACCAUUCAUAAAAACGCUUGGUACACCAUCGGGGAAUUUGCCAGAAGUCAUCAAUGAACAAAACCUGGAACACAGUUCAUCUGACCCAACACAAAAUACGGAAGACGUUGCGGCUGAAGAGGAGGAAUAUAUCUCAGAUAACGCAAUACUAACUACAACACCACAACUUUCCCUUCCUUCACCUAUGCUGCCAAAUACUGACUUCUCGCAAGAACAUGCUCAUCAUUCCCAACAAAUGACUCAUGAUCCCUUUUCCAACCCAAAAGAUAAUUUAUCAAAGCGUAAAAAGCAAACAGUGACGGAAGUGGACAAGUCCUUUAUGGAAUACAUGAAUGCAAAGAAAAGGAAACUUGAAUCGAAUUCAAACGAUGAUAGGCAAGUAAAAAAGUCGUUUCUUCUAAGCCUUUUACCAGAAAUCGAACCUUUGACAGAUGCACAAAUGAAAUCAUUCCGACGUAGGGUUCUGCAGCUUAUUGAUGACAUCACGAAUCCAAAAGACAUGCACCAACACGUACCAGCUUACCAACAGACCCCAACUUACUCCUACAGUGUUUCCACGCAUUCAUCGUUGGCUACAGAUAAUGCUUCAAUUUGUUCGUCGCCUGGAAAUCAAACUAUUCCACAGAAAGUACAAGAUACUGAAACGCAACAGUAUUUUGAAGUCAUCCAAGAGACUUUACAAUAUGAGCAGGAACAUAAUGUGAUGUGAUGUUUUGUUGGGUGUGUAAACAUAUAACUUUGGUGUACGUGUUUUUAUCUCUAUUAUGUUGUUUAUUUUUGUGUUUACAGUCAUGAUUUGAAUGUUUGUGUAAUGGGUAUUCUUUAAAUAGUUUAUAUAUAUACAUUUUUUCUUUUGCAGUACA